AUGGUGCAUAGCGACACGGAGACUCUGGUUGACCAAAGCCGUCAGCCCGAUGCGCUGUCUUCGGAGAGGUCGAUCGGGACGACGCGUGUUGCUGGGAUCCUCGGCGCUCUUGGCCUCGUUUUUGGGGCGCUGGGCCUGGUGAUAACAUGGGGAGCGCAGGCUUCCCCCGAGUUCCCCACGCAGUCAGCAGACGCCGGGGAGGAAAGCUUGGAUCUCAGCGAGCUGAUGGAAUUCUUCCGAUCCCUGAAGGCACACCCGCUGGGUGCCAAAGCCCUCGCAGAUGCGAAUGCAUCCUUCGGCCUGACGCGCGACCCCCUGGGUCGGAGAAUCUGGGAAGACUUUCCCGUUCCCACACUCUCCGACGCAGCGGACCCGAGAAGCCUGCAGGUUUCGCUGCGGAAGCUGCCGGAGCCGCGGAUUCUGUCUGAGGACGUAGCGGAGACGGCCUCAAAGAGCCGCCACCGGCCACCCGACGCGCCUCUCCUCCGGGAGCUCGCUGAGAUGCUGGAUCCUGAAGGACGUCCGGUACCACCGACCUCCGACAUCUUCAGCCCAGAGUCGGUCCGAGCUUUCGACACCACUACCUGCUUCUUCGAUGUCUACCAGACGAUGCAGUAUAUUGCCUAUGCUGGACUGAUGAUCUAUUAUUGCACAAUUGCGGCAAAUGAUGUGGAUCUUGCUGCUGAUAUCACAGGUGUCGAAGCCUCCGUUGCAUGGGUCGCCUCAUACCUUGCCUCUGCUUUCUCCACUUGCAUUGGAGGACUGGUUGCCGGCGACUGUGUUUCGAACGUUGCAUGGACUGCUGGUAACUUUCCUCAGCUGGCAUCGGACGCACUCUCCAUUGUUGGUGACUGCAACAGUGACAACGAGACGGAGCGAUUCCAGAUGCCCCAGUUCCGACGACGAGACGGUAUUUUGAGUCUUGUAAAUGGUACACGCUUGGAUCGGAUACGGGCCAUCCUCAAGAAGCUGCGCCAGAGGCGUCGCCGUCCUAACAUUCUUCAGCGAUUCCGGCUCAAGGAGAAGCUGUUCACUGGGCGCCAGCUGCGAACAAGAGGGGCCCCUGGGAAUGCGCUGCUGGAGGCGGCUCAGGCCAGCUGUUUCUUCGAUUCUCAGGCCAUGAUCAGCUUCUUCGCUCGGUUCGGCCUGCAAGUUGUUACUGAGAUGAAGGAUUGUGCGGUGGUGGACACGGAGACGGGCAAGAUGGAGUGCGCCUGGGGAAUUAUCUACGCGUUUGACAACUUCGGUUGGGCCGUUGAGUAUAUCCUGCAGAGCAUCAACGACUGCAAGGAGGAAGGCAACGUCGAUGUUUUAUGUGCCGAAGCCAUUGGGGACAUUGUGUUCUCAGGAACCGGUAUGAUGCCAUCUGUGGCUUGGGCGUAUCGCGACUGUCGGCAGCGAUUCCUGAGCUGA